CAACAUUUGUCACUGGAUCAUCCUUUGCUCAGUCCGUAAGGAUUAGGCUGGGAACCGGAGGGUCGCCAGUUUGAGUUGUGGAGCAUGGACUGGUAGCUGGAGAGGUGCCAGUUAACCUCCUGGGUGCUGCCGAAGGAGACCUUAAGCAAGCUCCUGAACAUGGGUCACAUACUCUAACAGUGUCUCUUUGAUUCCAGCCAUGCUCUCCUUUUCCGCCCCACCCCUUCUCUACCUGAGUCUCCUCCUCUUUCUGUCGUACCACUCCCCUGUUCUCUCCUGUCAGACUGGGAAUGGCAGCCAGUGUGAGUCCGCUCCCUUCGCACCAGGCCACAACCUGGUGGGGGAGGGCUUUGAUGUGGUCACCGUGCGGCGUAAAGGAGCCUACCUGGUUGACGUGAAGACUUUCCUCACCCCAAGUGGCACCUGUACUCUCUGCUCCAACUCUCUUCAAGGCAACCAGCUGCAGAAACUGCCAGUUUCUGUAGUGGAGUGGAAUGUUUAUAGCCAAUGCAAUCCUGACCUGGACAAGAGCUUACACACCUCUGUUAGCUCAUUGAUUGACUCUUACACCUCCCAGGACAGUAAAGACUGGAAGGCUGGCUUAAAUGUAGAUAAGUUUGUGUCAGCCAACCAAGAUGUGGGAGGAACACAAUCUGCUGUGUAUAAAUUUGCGAAAGCAAGAACCAGAGAGGACCGCUUCUUCUUCAGCACUCACAGGGUCACCUGCCGCCAUUACCGUCACCGUUUAUCAAGCAAUCCGCACCUCAGCUCUGAGUUCAGAGAGGAUUUGGCCAGACUGCCAAGUUACUACAGCUCCUCCACCAGGGAUGAGUACAUGGACCUCAUACAAACCUAUGGCACACACUACAUCCUUGAGGUUCACCUUGGGGGGAAAAUCUGGCGAGUUACAGCUACACGUACCUGUUUGUCCUCACUGAAUGGGCUCUCCAAAUCUCAGGUCCACUCCUGCUUAUCACAGGGUGUUUCUGUAGGCCUGGGGAUGUCGACAUCUGGUAACCAAUGGCAUUGCAACAACGUCCUACAGAACAAGGACAGCAUCGCCUCAUACAGCUCUGGUCUUCACCAACAUUACACAGAGGUGGUAGGAGGCAAUGGUUGGUCAGGGGAGUUUUCACUCACAGAUAAUGACUAUGGCUACAGGAAUUGGCUAAACUCCCUUAAGGACCACCCAAAUAUUGUUUCAUACCACCUUAGGCCAAUAUAUGAGCUGAUUCCAAAUAAGACACAGAAGGCAGGGAUGAAAGCUGCCAUCGAGCAUUACUUAGAAGACAAUGCUGUGAGUAAGUCACCCAGUGAACCUUCUUGUGGCAGCACUUCAUACCUGGCUUCCAACUGCUGUCCUAAAGACAUCUGGAGAGGAACACUGGAGGUGACCAUCGUCCGAGCCUGGAAACUGUAUGGAGAUUAUCCUGCCACUAGCCCUACUGACAGUUAUGCUAAGAUGAAGUAUGGUUCCUUCCAACACACGACUGAAGUAAUCGAAUCAGACAAUCCCAGUUGGAAUGCUCAUUUUAAUUUGGGCAAGGUGACCACAUACUGGUUUUUGGAUAUUGAGGUCUGGGACCAGGACUGGCAAUAUGAUGAUCUUCUGGGAUCAUGUAGAAUAAUGGUGUGGCAGGGGACACACACAAUCACCUGUGCUGCCGAUACAGGUGGCUUUGAAGUCAAGUACACUCUGACCUGCGACCCUUAUCUGACUGGAGGGAAGUGUACCGAAUACAAACCAGGUCCAUAAUGAGAAAUGCAUUUUGGGGCAACACUAUUCAAAAAUGCUGCUUGCUUUACUAUAAAAUCCAAAUGAAAUCACAA